CGAAAAGGUACUUGCAAAAGGAUACACUUGUGGCAAAGCCAUGCUUCCUCGCGCACUGCGACUCCGCAUUCCUCCCACUAACACCCGCUCUGUGCAGCUCCUACUGACAGCCAACAUGUCGUCCACUUCGGAGCGUUUCGAACGCAGCGUGGCUCUUGGCAAGACGCUGCCCCCGCUGUCGGACAACGCAGCCAAACUCGAGAUGUAUGCGCUCUUCAAACAGGCCAAUCUGGGCAAGAACACGACCUCAAAGCCGGGCAUGCUGGACUUUGUGGGUCGAGCCAAAUGGGACGCAUGGACGAAGCUAGGCGACAUGACCCAGGACGACGCGAAGCUGAAAUAUAUCGCCAUUAUUGACGAACUGGCGGCCAAGAGUGGCGCAAAGGGAGAAGAAGAACAGGCUGCAGCGGCAGCUACGGCUUCUGCUGGGUCUGAAGAUCUUCUUGUCGAGAUUUCGGACGCAGGGCUGUUGACAAUCCAGUUGAACCGCCCCAAGAAGUUCAACGCCAUCGACAUUGGCAUGUACGAGGUUUUAACCAAAGCGCUGGAGAGCUCCAAGACGCAAGAUAAAGUCAAGGCUGUGCUACUCAAGAGCACAGGCGAGUACUUCUCCAGCGGUAAUGACCUGAGCAUGUUCACGUCCAACCCAGACGGACUGUCGCUAGAAGCGAUGGCAGAUAAGGGCGCUGUGCUGCUGGAGAACAUAGUCGACACCUUCAUCACGUACCCGAAGCCGAUCGUCGCAGCCGUUCAGGGGCCAGCGGUGGGCAUCGCGACCACCAUCUUGGGACUCUGCGACUUGGUGUAUGUCAAGGAGACAGCGACGUUCCACACGCCGUUCACGUCGCUGGGUCAAUCGCCUGAAGCGUGUUCGUCGCUAUUGUUCCCGCGUAUAAUGGGACCUGCUCGUGCCAACGCCAUGCUGCUGCUCGGUGAGAAAUUGAGUGCCAAGGACGCUGUGGAUACCGGUUUGGCUACUGCAAUGUUCGGCGCCGCUGACUUUGACACCCAAGUACAGGCGAAGGUGGACUUACUGCUGUCUCGCUAUCCGCAAUCCAUGCAGCGCUCCAAGGCGCUGAUCCGCUCAGCUGCGGCCGUGAAGGAACUGCAGGAAAUUAACCACCUUGAGUGCCAAACCCUCAAGGAAUUGUGGCUUGGGCCUGAGUGCAUGGAUGCUAUCCUAAAGUUCCAGUCUCGCAAGCAAUAGGCAGGUGUGCGAAGGGAAGGCUUAAAAAAUAAAGUUAACCCAGAGAUUGUUUCCCGAUUAUUUGA